AUGAACGCCGUUGCUUUGAUGGUCGAAGGUGUGCUGUGUAGUAACGCUGUGUCGAAAUUUCGCAAGUACGACGAAGGUAACCGUAUCAUUCUCGUUGGCACGACCAAGUGGUUUCUUCCCAGCGGUGAGCUACACUUACAAUACUACAAUUGGACUGUCGUCUCUCCAUCUCCAUUUAGUCGACUGGGAGCUUGUGUGAUGCGGCACUACUACAAGCUCGAGAUGACAAAGACUUUGUCGAAGGAAUCUGGACAGACACAGAAGCUGAUGUUCGACGGUCUCAGCGACAAGAUGCGCUGCUUCUACCAGGCGGCGUAA